AUGGUUUGAUAGAAAGUGCACGCUUUCCCGGAAAAAGAGAGCCAAAUUCACACAUUUUGGCAGAGGCAGUCCAACAAGACACGCACCCUCAAUCAAUCGUAACGUGUCAUCCCCUGAAUCUGCAUGCCAUAUUGUCGUUAACCUCUUCAAUAGCCUAAUAAACGCACUUGUCCUCACUCCUCUGCUUUACCAACCUCUCUGCUAAUUCCCAAACUUCUUCUCAGAACUGUUACGGAUUUCAUCGUUGACAUGGCCGUUCGUCGCUUUCUUCUCAGCAAAACCUCGUGCUGCAGCGUCGUAUUUUUGUCGUGGAUGUUGGUGACGCUGAUGAGAGUGCAGGGUGCAGGCGCCAGGCCCAACCGGAGGGAGCUGGACUCGUUCAUAAAGUUACCCACCGAACCGGAGGAUGCCGAGUCGGAUGAACUGGGAACGCGAUGGGCGGUUCUGGUGGCCGGUUCAAACGGCUUCGGAAACUACAGGCAUCAAGCAGAUGUGUGCCAUGCGUACCAGUUGCUUAUCAAAGGUGGAGUGAAAAAAGAAAACAUUGUGGUGUUUAUGUACGACGACAUAGCCCACAACAAGCAGAAUCCCAGACCUGGAGUGAUCAUCAACCAUCCUCGGGGUCCAGAUGUCUAUGCUGGGGUUCCUAAGGAUUACACUGGUGAGAAUGUGAAUUCCAGGAAUUUCUUCGCCGUUCUUCUGGGGGACAAGAAAAAAGUGAAGGGAGGAAGUGGCAAGGUGAUUAAUAGCAAAGCAGAAGAUAGAAUAUUUAUAUACUACUCUGAUCAUGGAGGUCCAGGAGUUCUUGGGAUGCCAAACUUGCCCUACCUUUAUGCUAUGGAUUUUGUGGAUGUCUUGAAGAAGAAACAUGCAUCUAGAGGCUACAAGAAGAUGGUGAUAUACGUAGAAGCAUGUGAAAGUGGGAGCAUUUUUGAGGGUAUAAUGCCCAAGAAUUUGAAUAUUUAUGUCACAACAGCAUCGAAUGCCCAAGAGAAUAGUUGGGGAACUUAUUGUCCUGGAAUGAAUCCUUCUCCUCCUCCAGAAUACAUCACUUGCCUGGGGGAUUUGUACAGCGUUGCUUGGAUGGAAGACAGUGAGAGUCACAAUCUGAAAAAAGAAACCGUGGCACAACAAUACCAAUCGGUAAAACAUCGGACUUCAAAUCUUCAGAACUACGGGAUGGGUUCACAUGUGAUGGAAUAUGGUGAUGCCAACAUCACAGCCGAAAAGCUUUAUUUAUACCAAGGUUUUAAUCCUGCCACUGUGAACUUCCCUCCAUUCAACGCCAGACCAGAAGCUAAAAUGGAAGUUGUUAACCAGAGAGAUGCAGAUCUUUUCUUCAUGUGGCAAAUGUAUCAGAGAUCAAACCAGCAGCCAGAAAAGAAGACAGACAUCCUCAAACAGAUUACGGAGACAGUGAAGCAUAGGAAACACUUAGAUGGUAGCGUGGAAUUGAUUGGAGUUUUGUUGUAUGGACCAGGAAAAGCUUCUUCUGUUCUACAAUCCGUGAGGACUCCUGGUCUUCCCCUUGUUGAUGACUGGACAUGCUUAAAAUCAAUGGUCCGGGUGUUUGAAACUCACUGUGGGUCUCUUACUCAGUAUGGAAUGAAACACAUGCGAGCAUUCGCCAACAUAUGCAACAGUGGCGUUUCUGAGACCUCCAUGGAGAAUGCAUGUGUGGCAGCCUGCGGUGGCUAUCAUGCUGGCCAAUUACAUCCAUCAAACACAGGAUACAGUGCUUGAUUUUGGGCUGUACACACAGAGACUGUUUGAUAAUUUAAUUAGUUGGAAGAAGUCUCUGCAUCAAAUGAAGAGUGCUGGAACCAGAGAAAACAAGAAAACAGCAAAAACAGCAAAAAUAUGAAGAACCAGAAUCUGGAAAAAAGUUAGCUGGAGCGCCCUUUUUCCAUGGGCGCUGGAGCGGGCUCUGCACCAGGACUGGAGCUAGCUGGAGCGCCCCCUACAAAAGGGCGCUGGAGCGCCCUUUUUCCUGUUUUCGCACGCUGGAGCGCGGUCUCAAGCGCGCCUGCUGCUGAUUUGGCAGAUUGGGUUUAUUUAACCCCAAAUUAGAAGGGCUUUGACAUCUUUUGGCAUCCCAGACACAAAUUCUCUUAAUUAGAGCGUCCAUAGGCGAGCUAGGAGCUGUGGGAACAGCCCUUCUUCAUCCUUGGGUCCUCCUCCUUCUUCCAUUUCCACCAUUGUUGUAAGCUCAAGCUCUCCAUUCAUGGAGAGCUAGUUUCAUUCUUGUUGGGGAUUGAUGUAACCACGGAUCUCUUAUGUAAUUACAGUUGUUUUGAAUUAUUAUAUGCCUCUUUCAUUGA